ACGAGCGGCUUGUGUCACACAGAACUCUGUCCCCCCUGUCAGUCACCGGGUGCCUCGCUCCGUCAACAUGUCCACUGCCGUGUGUACACGAUUCCUGCUUCAGAGAGCAACAGAGAGGUUUCUCUUCUCCUCCAGGGCAGUACCCGCUUUCUCAAGCCCAUUUCUUUCUCGUGGUCAUAGAUUGGGACCCAGUGAUGAUGAAAUGUACCAGCGUACCACAGUGUCCGUCAUGCAGAAGGAGCCCGGCAGUGGGGUCAUGAUCCAAAGCUACAGUCCCAGAGGAUUCAACAUCGAUGGCAAUAAGGUGUUUGGACCCUGCGCUGUGCUGCCUCCUGCCAUCCUGCAGUGGAAUGUUGGCAGUCAUAAAGACAUCACAGAGGAAAGUGUCUCACUCUUCCACAUGCUUGAACCAAGAAUAGAGAUUCUUGUGCUGGGCACAGGCGCACGUCUUGAACGAAUUAACCCCUCGGUCCUCGCUCUCCUCAAGAGUAAAGGCAUCGCUGUGGAGGUGCAAGACACGCCGAAUGCAUGUGCAACCUUCAACUUCCUGACCAGUGAGAGACGAGUUGCAGCUGCUGGUCUGAUCCCUCCACCUGUUAGCACAGCUCUGGAAGUAACACAGGAAUAAGUUCUGUCAUGUCCUUUGAGACGGUUUUUUUUUCUUCCGCAUAAACCUCCCAAAGGAACAAAAACAGUGAUCUCCACCUUCAGUAUUUGGUUACAGCAGUUACUUUAUAGAUGAAUCAUUGACUCAGAUCAUCCAUUGAUCUGAGGCUCGCUGGACAUUGAGCUGACAACGAUCCUCACAAGCAUUUGGACUGCUUUGAAAUCGAAGUGUAGAAGUGUAGAAGUGUGUGUGUGUGUGUGUGUGUGUGCGUGCGUGCGUGCGUGUGUGUGCAAGUGCUCAGCAAAUGUAGUCAAGUGAGGGGACACCAAUGACGGAGAAUUAGACUGCAAUAAAGCGCAGCUGUAUUCUUGUAUAGAAAUACUGUGUGUAUAAAUUAUAUAUUUAAAUGCUUUACAUGUAACAAAAAAUGAGUAUCAUGCAUUUAAUGUGUUUUCAUGCAUACCAUAAAUGUAUAAUAAGA